UGUCUGAGUCUGGCAGCACCGUAUGCGCGCUUGGUGAUCUCCCACGAAGUCUGUUGAACCGCAGGGUGUUCGGGCCGGUGCCUAUCCAAAGGCAAGGACUCGUUCUUUUGCUCGGUCUCUUGAGCGAUAUAAGUGACGCGUAAAUUGGCAGUGCUCUUUCUAGAUUAUAAACGUGGUGUAUUCUACUUUGAAGAGAGCUUGUCCCUGCCUUCUGAAAGACAAUGGAGAUGCCAACAAUGGGGGAAGGCACAUUGCUGCUGAAUGACCGCGACAAGGAUGCGCAACGUUGGAAUGAGAAGUACCUCAUAAAUUGCUGCUGUUGCACAUCCGUGAGACGGUGGUCCUCUAUACCAUGCUCGGAACGGGGGUGCCACAUUUUGUCGACACUAGCCAACAUUGCUUCUCUGAUCAUCACCUGUGUGGACUUGUCUCAAUUUCCUCAUGACUCAGACGACUUCAUAUUAGGGUGGGCGAUCUUCUUCACAACAGGUGUGUGCAUCUUCUACAUUCUCUACGGUGUUAUUAUGAAGGCACAUCUUCCAUCCUACAUUGCCUACUCAGUGAACUUGAUUAUCUUGCUUAUUUACUCCGCCGUCAGCUACAACUACAACAAGACUGAUCUCGAGGACCUGGCUCGUCUAGGAAUUGUGGCCAGCUUGUGCGUUGUGCCCUUAGUUAGCCUGGCUUCGGCUAUGUGGAAGCAUGCAGCGUGGCGGAAAGUCGCCUUUCACCAGAGUUGCGACCCAGAAGAUCAGCGCAUGCUAAACAGUCGCACUUUAUGACAAAGUCUCGCCUACGUUAAUGUGCAAUACCAG